UUGUGUUUAGAGGAAGUGGAGUUUGGUAGGAGGAGGGGUAAGCAAGGCAGGAGAUCUACACCAAGUGCAUUGUGGGGUUUGUUGUUUUUUUUUAGUUUCUUUAGAGUUACACUACAGUUCCCAGAGUGCAGUUCGGAAAGAGAGGGCAGCGUGACCGGAGGCAGCCAAUCAGGAGAGAGUGCUGUGAGGCUUAUUAGAACGACGGUAGCGGUGUCAUACCUGCAGCUUCAAAGUCACAAAAUGAAAAAGGAAAAGAAGAAUUUCACUGAGAGGAUCUUGAAUCACGCCCUGGGAAUCAUUUACUUGCUGACGGGAGAGGAAUAUGUCAUCGUAAAGAAGAAUUCUCCUCACAACGCCUCCCACCUGCUAACUGGAGAGGUGCCAAUAAAAUGUGGGGAUAUCUCUAUAUACUUCUCAAUGGAAGAAUGGGACUUCAUAGAGGAACAUAAGGAUCUCUAUCAGGAAGUAGCAUUGAAGACUUCAAAGAUAGUACGUUCGUCUGAAGUCUUAGAAGAUGUGUUUGCAGAUGGUCCUGAACACGAUGACGCUCCGUCACUGACGGAGGAUGUGACUGAAAGGAGAAACAAUCAGCAGGUAGAAGGGACUCACAAGAUCUCUUCAGUUACUCUACCAGACAUUUUUACGGACAAACCGGAGACAUCACUAGACGGUGAAAAAGUACAGUGCGAAACCAAUGAAAAUGACAUUUUGCAAGUGGAAGUUGAUUCAGAGACCUAUAUAGGUGAAUAUUACCAUAGACAUAUAUCUGAAGCAGAGGAACACUUGGCAAGAAUUCGGGAGAAGGAAAUCCAUGGUGAUACUUGGGCAGUACAUCCAGUUCCAUCUGACAGCCCCAUGGACAGAACUCUUCAGGAAGAACCUUAUAAUAUGACCUGUUCACUUAAUGGGUCAGCCAAUGAUCAUAUGGGCAUUUUUCAUGGCUUUCAAGAUUCACCUACCAAGUCUCCCUCUUAUGAAGCAGAAGAUGUCAGGUUCUCAUUGGCUUCUGAAGAGUAUGAACAGGGCUCUCUACUUCUCAAUGAGAGCUACAACUGUAUUAAUCUUAAUAAACCAAUGGGUAAGAAACACCUGCAGGUGAGAAAUGUUAGAAAGACAUCCGAAAGACUUAGUAAGUUAUCUACUCGAGUCACUGAACAAACAGAGGAGAAAAACCAUCAAUGUGAUGACUGCGGGAAACACUUUGAUUACAAAUCCAACCUUAUCAGACAUCAAAGAAGUCACACCGGAGAAAAACCAUACGGCUGUGAAGAAUGUGGUAAGCGCUAUGCCACCAAAUCUCACCUGACCAUCCACAAGAGAACGCACCUGAGCGGGAAGCCUCACCAAUGUAAUGAGUGCGGGAAACACUUUACAUACAAGUCACAAAUUGCAAUGCACCAAAGGACACACACUGGGGAGAAGCCGCAUACCUGCAACCUGUGCGGAAAGAACUUUGCCUACAAAUCAUAUCUGAUCAUUCACCAGAGGAUCCAUUCGGGGGAGCGACCGCACGUUUGCCCGCAGUGCGGUAAAUGCUUUACUGACAAGUCCAACCUUCGCAAGCACCAAAAUACUCAUGUAGAAAACAGGCCUUAUGUCUGCAGAGAAUGUGGCAAGCACUUUAACUCCAAGUAUAGUUACACUACACAUCAGAGGACACACCAGGGAACUAAAUAUAAAUGAUAUGUCUAGUCACUGCACACCCUUGUACCCUGAACUCGCUGAAAAUUAGUAUUUCUGGGUCGAAUGUUUAUUAAUUCACUACAAAAAUGAGUGAAGUGAAUUCAAUUUUCUUUAGUUAAAUAUCAAACUGAAUGCCAUAAAGAGCAUCAUCCAUUGUGUUUUCUGAUGGGUUCCCUUUAUUUCACCAAUUUGACAGGUGGACUUGCCAACAGUGUAGGCUAGAAAGAUGAAUAGUUGUGUAUUUACCAUGUAUUUUUCAGGACAACUCAAGUCUAGUCAAGCAUGUGCUUUACUGGGCAAAAGCUCAAUAAACCAAGUUGUGUCAAGCAGGAAGCUAGAAGGACCUUUAGGAGAGGUCCACUCUCAUAGAAAAGAACCACUACCAUUGGAAUUCAAAUAGGUGCAUUUUUCUCAUGAAUAGCCUGUCCUGUACUUAGCGUGUACUGUCUAUUCAGAUGGUGCUUCACGUAUGUAACAGAUAGCAGAUAUAUAUCCAGCAAAGAAGAGAAUAACAGAGCACUCACCACUUCAAAUACUGUAGACAGGCACUUCUUUAAUUUCUUUCAGUACAUGUAGACAAGGCAACAAGAACGGGGAAGGUGGACCAGAUCUAGUGCGGGGGGUUUCAGGUGAUCACAUGGGGUGACGGUCCGUAUCGGGC